AUGCCUUCGAGAAUAGUAUCUGCGACAUCCAAGAGAAGUUCCGCUCUGCAAUAUGGGAGUUUCCUAAGGUCCACCAAACUCGUCAAAGCCGCCAAAAUCCUCAACAUCCCAAUCUACGCCACGACCCAAAACGCCUCCCGCCUAGGCGCCACCGUCUCCGAACUCACCUCCCUUCUAUCUGACACUCAAAACGUAGAAUUCGACAAAACAGCAUUCAGCAUGAUGGUCCCGGACCUCACCGCCGCACUCACCAAACAAGCAUCAUCCUCACCCGCCGAAACGGGGAAACCACACACGCCCGUCUCUGUUAUCCUGGUGGGGAUCGAGACGCACAUUUGCGUGACGCAGACGGCGCUGGAUCUGCUGAGUAUGGGGAACAGGGUGUAUGUGCUGGCGGAUGGGGUGAGUAGUUGUAAUGAGGGGGAGAGGCCGGUUGCGUUGGCGAGAUUGGCGAGGGAGGGGGCUGUGGUGACGACGAGUGAGAGUUUGUUGUUUGAGCUUGUAGGGGAUGCGGGGAGUAAGGAUUUCAAGGCGAUUAGUGGGUUGGUGAAGGAGACGAAGGAUGAGACGAAGAGGGCGGUGGAGACGUUUUGUAAGUUGUGA